UCAACACCUCUCUAUUGGGAUCUGAAUCUUUACUUUCUCUGAGAUUCUUUUGUAAGAAAAAAGAUCAUAAGACAGAAGAAGAAGAAGAAAAAUGCCGCAUGGAACGCUUGAAGUUGUUCUUGUCAGUGCCAAAGGUCUUGAGGAUUCUGAUUUUCUGAAUAGCAUGGAUCCUUAUGUGCUCCUCACUUGCCGGACUCAAGAUCAGAAGAGCAAUGUUGCCUCAGGACAAGGCACAACUCCGGAAUGGAAUGAGACAUUUAUAUUCAAUGUCUCUGAAGGAACUACAGAGUUAAAAGCCAAAAUAUUUGACACAGAUGUUGGCACAGAGGAUGAUCCCCUUGGUGAAGCAACUAUUCCAUUGGAGGCGGUUUUCCUGGAAGGAGAUAUCCCACCAGCUGCAUACAAUGUCGUGAAGGAUGAGGAGUUCAAAGGCGAGAUCUGGAUCGCACUAUCCUUCAAACCUUCGGAAAACCGAAGCAGGGGUUUCGAAGAGGAGUCUUAUGGAGGCUGGAAAAACUCUGAAGCUUCUUACUAAAGAGGAAGAACAGUAAAUGUGUGUUGCUCUUUAAUUUAUUGAGUCUUGGGAAUAAAAUGUUGAGCUUCCCCUCUUGGAAAGGAUUUUGUUAAGACCGUUUCUUCUUAUUAAUAUUAUUGUUCUGUUCGGUUUGAAA